AUGACCUCGACCACCUCUUAUUGGAUUUCCGUGUGCUGGACGGCCGCCGGAAUCUUUCUUUCCGGAGCAAUUCUUUUGCUCGCUCUUCCUUGGGCUUUGCCCGCUUUGUUUCCUGGCCCUGGACUUCCCGAGGAUGUCAUAGACAUCCUUAACAAUGCUGAUAUUGGGAAAAUCCGAGACGAUCUCGAGGCAUUGAUGAGAGCCGUCGAGGCGUUGAUGACGGCAGUGCCUGCUGGGGAGGCAUCUGCUGAGACGCUUCGGGACAUACUCGCCUCAACCAGAGACGAAGUCCGUAGAAUGGGGGAGGCAUUCACGGGCCUAGCCUCUGUGUUGAUGGCUGCAUCCGCAGACCGAGCCUCUGUGUUGGCGUCUUUCACUGACGAAGUUCGUGCGAUGAUGGGGGCAUCCACGGACCUAGUCGGCGAAUUGACGGCAAUCAGAAGCGAAGUCGGCGCGAUGCGAGAGGAAGUCCAGAGGCUGAGGACAGUUGUGGCGACCUUGGUCAACGCUCUGUCCGAGGCCUCUUCUGAACUCCGACUGCUGAGGACAGACGUCUCGAAGAUCCAGAGAGCUGGCAACUCUCCCCUGCGAUCCCAUCUGGGCUAG